AGUGACGUGACGUAGCAAAACGAACCAAAGCCACGUGUCCCUCUGAAACUCUUCCCUACGGAUCACCUGGGAAUCUAGUGGUAUUGAGAACUCGCCUGGGUUACGACUCAGACCCGAAGCUGCGGCCGGACGGAUCACAUUCAUGGCUAGGGUUCUCCAGUGGAGCCACUCCAAGACUGUUGUCCUACUCUGGUUCCUCACUGCCAUAAUCUUCUACUCUCUCUUCCAAAUGGCUCUUCGAAAUUCCAUUUCCAAUUCCACAUCUUCAGUCUCGAUGGCUUUAAAUGAGGAUCGGAGGUCGAAAUUGUACGAUGGUAUGGCUCGGGAUUUGGAUGAGAAGGGACCGGCUUUUCUGAAGCAUGGUGAGACUUCUCAGUCCUUGUCACUCUCGGAUAUUUUUAUUCUCAAGGAUGGAGCUGUGGAGCCUGCUCUUAAGGCAGCUAAUCCACCUGUUCGUGCUAAUGUUUUGUAUCUCAGCACAGAGUACUCAGUGCCUAUCUCAGAGACUAUAAAACGAAUAAUAAAUCCCUACUUUGACAAAUCUAUCUGGUUUCAGAACACAAGUUUGUACCAUUUCAGUAUGUUUCAUGCCUCGCAUCAUAUUGCGCCAGUUCCUGCUACUGAGAAUGAGAUUGAAACUGAGGCAACUGCUGUUAAAGAUGUUGCAAAGACUCUAUGCUCUUUAAACAUUGUUUUGGAUAGAGUGGUCUUAACAUCAACAGGUGUGCUUCUAGGGUGCUGGCAGGUAGUUUCUGGGACAGAUCCAGUAACGAUUCGUACCAAACUAAGAACUGCACUUCCCCGUGCACCAGAAAAGCAACUUUAUGAUGCUGCAAUUCUUCACACAUCAUUUGCAAGGCUUCUUGGUCCACCCAAAGCUUCAGCCACGGAGAUGCAUAAUGCAGAUCUUGUCAAGUUCUUCCAUGAGCUAGUUGCUCACCUAAACAAGGAACUCCGUGGAUUUAAGGCUGCAAUUUCUGAGCUCUGGUACGUGGAGGAAUAUGAUGUGUUAGCCCUUGCUUUGAAUGGGAGAAUGAAUGUUCGUAAAUUUCAGCUUGGCUGCACCAGAAACUGAUGUUUCAAAGUCGAGAGAUUUAGUCCAUUGUAUAUUCUCAAGGUUCACUACAUGAUCUAUAAGCAUGAUACACGAACUUCCUUUUUAAUUGCUAUAUUAUAUUACCUUCUUUACUGACAAUUUUACAGAGAGUCUUAGAUGUAUGAUGUAUCUAUAACAAUGAUAUCUACGAAUAUUAAACAUUUAAUAAUAUUAGUUACAAUUUCUUA